GUUUUUCAGUAUUUAAUUAAAAUUCUCUGUGAUUUAUGAUUUGUUGAUGUUUACAGAGAAAUCCAAAUACUAAAAAAAAGAUAAUAUUCAAGUUAUUAUUAAGGUUAAAUAGCUGUUCAAAGAUAAAUGAAGAUGCUUAAGCGGCUACUGUGCGUAGAAAUGAGACAGAACAAAGGAGCAACCACAAACGUGAGGGGGAGAACGUCAGAUGAGUUGAGGAAUAGCGUUCUUAAAUGAGUGUGAAGGACUUUAAAUUAGAUAAUUGUGUUGUUUGCACUUUAAAUCGUGUCUUGAAGCAAAGCCAAGUGAAGGAAAUGCGUGACACAUCGGAAGAAGUCAAUUAAUUAACACGUAAAUGCAGGAUAAUAUAAUAAGUAUAGAUGCGAGACUGAUAGAAGCACAGUAUACGUGAAGAACAAUGCUCAUUAAAGAGUACAGAAUUCCACUUCCUCUAACAGUAGAGGAGUAUCGUAUUGCUCAGCUUUAUAUGAUAGCUAAAAAGUCGAGAGAAGAAAGUAAAGGCGUUGGAAGUGGUGUUGAAAUAAUCGUUAAUGAGCCCUACACUGAUGGUCCUGGUGGAAGUGGACAAUAUACUCAUAAAAUCUAUCAUGUUGGUAGUCAUCUUCCUGGUUGGUUUAAAAGUUUACUGCCAAAGUCCGCUUUAACAGCAAAAGAAGAAGCUUGGAAUGCUUAUCCAUAUACCAAAACCAGAUACACUUGUCCUUUUGUUGAAAAGUUUUCAGUAGAAAUUGAAACAUAUUAUUUCCCUGAUAAUGGACAUCAAGAGAAUGUUUUCAAGCUUUCAGGAAGCGACUUACGCAACCGCAUUGUUGAUGUUAUUGAUGUUGUUAAGGAUCAGUUGUUUGGAGCAGAUUAUGUUAAAGAAGAAGAUCCUAAAUUAUACGUUUCGCAAAAGACUGGUAGAGGACCACUUAAUGACUCAUGGCUAGAGGAGUAUUGGAAUGAUGUAAAAGGAAAACAACAGCCUACACCUUCAGGAAAGUCACUCAUGUGUGCUUACAAGCUUUGUAGGGUCGAGUUCCGUUACUGGGGCAUGCAGACUAAACUGGAAAAGUUUAUUCAAGAUGUGGCCCUACGGAAAACGAUGUUAAGAGCACAUCGACAAGCGUGGGCAUGGCAAGAUGAAUGGAUUGGUUUGACAAUGGAUGACAUUAGGGAAAUCGAAAGACAAACACAACUUGCAUUACAAAGAAAAAUGGCUGCUGCUGAAACUGGUGAAGAAGUUGAUGGAUAUGAGGAUAAAAAUGGGGAAGCGAAUACAUCUGCUCCAACACCUCAAGAUAAUGAUGUUGCUAAAACUCUAGCUGCUACGCUUGGUAGUAUUGAGAAAAAUGAAGAUCUUCAGAGUCCUCCGUCCAUUCGUAAGCCUUCUGAAAUUCCAGUUAUUAGUACCAAUAAUUCUGAAGCUGAUAUCAGCCCUGAAGAUUCUCCUACUACAGUUUUACCACCAACUAGAUCACAUACAUCUGAUGAAAAACCUGAAGUUAAAAAACACUGGAAACAUACAAAUCAUAUCCUUCAUUCUCCAAGUUCUGCAAAAAGUUUUGAUAUUCAAAUAGCUAAUUGGCGGAUGGAGAGUAUUGUUCGCGAAUCAGAGUCUGGUAGUGAAGAUGAAUUUUUCGACUGUCAAGAGGACUUUGGGGACAAUACAUCUUUAGCGAAAUGGAGUUCUUUGGACCUUUUGACUGAAAAAGAAGACUCAAUAUCUCCUACAGCAGCCAUGGAUGAGAAAAAAGACAGUAUUUUUUCUCAUACGUAUUUACAACGUGUAGCCAGUGAGCGUAGUAGUAGAAGACUUCACAUUCAUACAUCAGCAAGCAUUGAUUUAUCGUGUCCAGCAUCUCCGCAGCAUUCACCGACUCAUCAGCCAUGCCGAAUAACGGUUUUACUUAUUGUCAUGCAUGCCGGUAGUGUUCUAGAUGCCAAUGUGGACUUGACAGCCAAAAAGUCAGAUAUAACAACCUUCAGGGGUGCCUUUGAAUCAGUAAUGAGACAGCAUUAUCCGAGUAUGGUCGGCCAUAUUGCAGUAAGACUUGUUUCUUGUCCAUCUAUAUGUACUGAAGGCCUUGGGAUUCUUUCAAGUCUUAGUCCAUACAGUUUUGACGUUUCUCCAUCGUGUGUAGAUGCUCCACAUAUUACCCAUGACACCAUUCCAAUCGGUGCAAUUCCAUUACUUGCUUGUUCCAACCCAGAAUAUCAGGAUGCCAUAUCCAAGGUCAUUACAGGAGCCAAUCAAGCCUAUGCAGAAUUUUUGAAGAGUGAAGAAGGCCGAGGAUUUGCUGGUCAAGUCUCCUUAGUUGGAGAUUCUGUCGGGUCUAUUUUAACUUAUGAUGCUCUCUGUCGAACAGUUCAAUACCAGUCGAGACAUGAUAGUGAGAAUAGUAUUUUGGAGACUGACAAUACUGGUGAGAAUAAUGGAGAUGAUAAGCAUCUUUCAGCGCCUUCUCCCAGAAGAAGAUCAUCCUCAACUAGUGAAUGUUCUCAAUGCAAAUUAGAUUUUGACGUUAGUGAAUUCUUCAUGUUUGGAAGCCCAUUGGCAUUAGUUCUAGCAUACAGAAAAGUUUCAUCAAGCAAUGAAAGAUCCGGCAAUAUUUCAAGACCUUUUGUAAAUCAAGUCUACAAUCUCUUCCAUCCGACUGAUCCAGUAGCUGCAAGAUUAGAGCCGCUUAUUUCAGCUAGAUUUUCUCAGUUACCUCCAGUCAAUGUUGCGAGAUAUCAAAAAUAUCCUCUUGGCAAUGGUCAACCUUAUCACUUACUAGAAGCUAUCCAAACGAAUCCGCAAUUAUUUACUGAUGGAUUAAAUACUUCAAGCACACCACAUCUAAGAAGAAUGUCUGAUAUAUCGAUUCAAAGUACAAUGUCUGGUCUUAUUGAUAAUGUUCCACUUCAAGCAGCGUCUUCGUUGACCCAGAAGUGGUGGGGGAGCAAAAGGAUUGAUUACGCCCUGUAUUGUCCUGAAGGUUUAGCCAAUUUUCCCACCAACGCAUUACCUCAUUUAUUCCAUGCGAGCUACUGGGAAUCAUCAGAUGUGAUUGCAUUCAUAUUACGACAAAUUGGAAGGUUUGAUUUGCCGAUGCUUGCUGGAGAGGAAAAGGAGCUUGCUUGCUUCCGUCCAGGUCAACCACGAGAAAAGUGGAAUAAAAAACGUACAUCAGUUAAGCUCAAGAAUGUCGCAGCAAAUCAUAGAGCCAACGACGUCAUUGUAAGGGAAGGUGCGCCACAGAUAUUGAUCGCUCGAUUCAUGUACAGUCCCAUAGACGUGAUUGCUCUGACAGGAGAAAAAGUUGAUAUUCACGUGAUGAAAGACGCACCUGCAGGAGAGUGGACUUACUUGUCUACUGAAGUGACUGAUAAAAAUGGGCGAAUUACUUAUCGCAUUCCCGAUGAAAAAGCUCUUUCUUAUGGUCUCUACCCUAUUAAAAUGGUCGUGCGGGGAGAUCAUACAUCAGUUGACUUUUUCAUGGCUGUGAUACCGCCAAACACGGAAUGUGUGGUAUUCAGUAUAGAUGGUUCAUUUACAGCAAGUAUGUCGGUUACCGGAAGAGAUCCCAAAGUACGUGCAGGUGCUGUUGAUGUCGUGAGACAUUGGCAAGAACUUGGAUACCUUAUCAUCUAUAUCACAGCGAGACCAGAUAUGCAGCAACAAAAAGUUGUAUCUUGGCUAUCUCAACAUAACUUUCCUUAUGGGCUUGUUUCCUUUGCUGAUGGAUUAUCAACGGAUCCUCUAGGUCACAAGGCUGCCUACCUUAAUAACCUUAUACAAGAGCAUAAAGUUAUAAUCCAUCAAGCUUAUGGUAGCAGCAAAGAUAUUGCCGUUUAUACUGCAAUAAAUUUGAAGCCAAAGCAAAUAAUAAUUGUUGGAAAGGUAUCUAAGAAGCAACAAGCUCUUGCAACAAUAUUAACAGAAGGAUAUGCAGCGCAUUUGAGUCAACUUCAGGCCCAUGGUGGGUCAAGACCAGCUCAAGGAAAUGCGAGAAUGGUUAUUCCGCGAGGACAAUUUGGAUUACCGGGUUUAAAUUCAUCGUUACGUCGAAGAAGUUCUUUUAGGACAGCCAAGCGUGCCAUCUUACAAUCAGCAUCUGUGGGCAAGCCGGAGCAGCUUGAAAGAAGCACAAGUGUUGGACCCUCAUCAAGAAGACCUUCUUCACCACCAUCAUCAAAAUCAACGGCUCCUGAUAAACUUUGACGAUUUGCUCGCUGCCGUUCAUUCUUUGAAUCACGGCAGUGAGAUUUUAACAUCAUUCUACAAUCGUAUACAAACUAAUCCAUUUGAAACAAUAAUUUAUUCAAUAUUUAAAUUUAAAUAUGAUCAAUUUGAUGAUAUGAAAGUGAAAUUGAAGUCAAUGUGAUGAAUUAGUACAUUUCAAAUCUAAGAGCUCAAUGUCUUAAGCAAUUCUCCGGUCUGCCCAUUGCAUAGUUUAUUUUUUAUACAGACAUUCUAGGUAUUCAUCAUCAAGAUUAUGUCACUUACAAAUGAUGUUUGUCAUUCAUCAAAAGGCAACAUAUGCGGGUAAGUUGAAGUAAAUAUUUUCAAAAUGAAAAAAAUCAAUUGUUCGAUUGUAAAAAAAUAGUAUUAACUAAUAUUAUAAGAAUAAAUAUCAAGAGUAAUAAUGAUACUAUAAAUAAUAAUGAUAACAAUAAUAAUAAUAACAAUAAUGAUAAUAAAUACAGCAUUAAUAAUUCAUGGUUGAAAUUGAUAUAAAUUGUAAAAAGACAUUAAUGAAUUGUUGAAUACUGUUACCUGAUUUCUUUGUUGUUAAAAAUUUUAAUUAAAAAAAUUAAUGUGUGUUGAUUAUUGUAAUGAUUGAUAAACUAAUAAUGUCAUGAAUGAUUGGAUUAUUUUUAAUUAUUUUAAACGCAGUAUAGUCAAGUUUGCAUUUUAAUUUCAGUCGUCAUAGAAGUUCAAAUGAAUAAAAAGCCAUGACAUUAGAAGAUACAUAGAUAUCAUAUCAUUGUGUUCGAGUGAUUUAUUUGGAAAGAUAUAUUUUUCAUACAAAAAUACACAAUAGCUAUACUUUGGAAUUUUUUUUUAAAUUUAUAAAUAAUUUGUAAAUUCGAUUCUUUGGUGCCUGUAAUUUAGGGCAGACUUGACUGUGAUUAUUGCUAUAUAUAAUAAUUCAAUCUCUGAUAACGCUUAUGAUGCAAUUAAACUGUAUUUACAAUCAUAUUUCGAUAUGGAUAUAGAUAUACAUUAAUGUAUCAAAGACAAUGUUAUUAAUAAGAAUAUUUAAGUGUUAACAAAGUCAAAUGUAAGAAUGAGAUAAAUUUUUAUGGUUGUAAUAAACAUGACAUCAACAUAAAUAAUAAUAUUUAAGUGCAACCACAAAGUAUUUUAUGUAUUAAAACGAUGAUAAAAAUCAUAUUUUUGUUAGUAUAUCGAACUGAAAUCAGCGUUGCAAAAAUUGUUUAUGUAUAUUGAUAUAUAACAUAAUGUAUAUAAGAUAAUUAUAUAUAAAUACACACGUA